AGUUGCCUCUGUCCUCUGACCCAUCUCGAUGCUUGUCCUCUCUUUUGCUGAAGCAAUCAGGCCUAUGACCGUGUCAACAUGUACAUCAGCCUCUGCAAGCGACGUGUGCACACACAAGAAGCAUGGCAAUGCCAUGUGCAUGGGAAUAUAUUCAACCUCAGAGAUAUCUCUCAGCUUGCAACGUGCAAACACAAGAUGGCUUUGUCCCGUGCUCUCUGCUGCUCCUCUCUCAUUGCGACGCUGCUGCUCAUUGCUCCUUCAUCUGCAGUAGUGUCUCGUGCUCUCUUCAUCUUUGGAGAUUCCCUUGUUGAUGCAGGCAACAAUGACUAUCUUGUGACCCUUUCCAAGGCCAAUGCGCCACCGUACGGUGUCGAUUUCGCAUUCUCCGGUGGCAAGCCGACCGGAAGGUUCACAAAUGGGAUGACCAUUGCAGAUAUCAUGGGUGAAGCCUUGGGGCAGAAAUCUCUUGCUCCACCCUACUUGGCCCCAAAUUCAAGUGCUGCAAUGACGAACAGUGGGAUCAACUAUGGCUCUGGUUCUUCUGGCAUAUUUGACGAUACUGGUUCUUUUUAUAUUGGACGAAUUCCGCUACGACAGCAAAUCAGCUACUUUGAAAAGACCAAAGCCCAGAUACUGGAAACCAUGGGCGAGGAAGCUGCGACUGAUUUCUUCAAGAAGGCGCUCUUCGUGAUAGCAGCAGGAUCCAAUGAUAUUCUGGAGUAUCUUUCACCUUCAGUGCCGUUCUUUGGACGAGAGAAGCCUGAUCCUUCAUCCUUUCAGGAUGCCUUGAUUUCCAACCUGACAUUUUAUCUGAAGAGGCUGAAUGAACUGGGGGCUAGGAAGUUUGUUGUGUCCGAUGUCGGGCCACUAGGUUGUAUACCGUACGUUCGUGCUCUGGAGUUCAUGCCUGCAGGGGAGUGUUCAGCAUCUGCGAACCGUGUCACUGAAGGUUACAACAAGAAACUGAAGAGGAUGGUCGAAAAGAUGAACCAGGAAAUGGGUCCGGAGAGUAAAUUCGUGUACACGAACACGUACGAGAUCGUGCUGGAGUUUAUUCAGAACUACCGUCAGUAUGGUUUCGACAACGCGAUGGACCCGUGCUGCGGCGGCAGCUUCCCUCCGUUUCUCUGCAUCGGCACGGCCAACUCCAGCUCCUCGCUGUGCAGUGACCGCUCAAAGUACGUGUUCUGGGACGCGUUCCACCCGACGGAGGCCGCCAACCUCAUCGUCGCCGGCAAGCUCCUCGACGGGGAUGCAGCAGUGGCAUCCCCCAUCAACGUCCGCGAGCUGUUCCAGUACGAGCACAAAUGACACCGACUGUCCGGUACACGAUCGAUGCGCCGUCCAAGCCGGUUCAUCCAGUGUUUCUCUUAGGCUUUUGGACUGGGUGGAAGUGCGAACGGGUCAAUUGGUUCCAUGUGCAAAUGGGUAACUUGAAGAAUGUGACCGUUCCUUCGUUUUCUCAAAGCUUUAGUUUCUUGUGCCUUUAUGUUGUUUUCUGAAGCCUGGAAAGAUUGCUGACCGUAAGCAAGCUGAAAGAAAGAAACAGCCGCCUUUCUUAGCUCAGGCGAGUCGCCGUCGUUGAACGGGCCCGGUAGUCGAACGUACGGCGCAUGGCAGUGGCAAGCCAGGCCGGCCGACGAGUGGUACUGCAGAAACCGCACGGCGCGCCAGAGAAAAAUUGAAAGAAGAGCCGAGUGCAGAGCAGUGCACAAUAUUAUCGGCCGGACCAAAAGCACGACCGGCCAGGCGCCGCCGGUGCAACUCACCGGUCGCGGGGCCGGCUAUAUAUAUGUAUAUAUAUGCACACAAAGCUUGGUGAGACCCGGCCGCGUGUCGGCUCCCCACCAGCUAGUUCCACUCCCCCCAUGGAGCCCGCCGCGGCGGCCGCGGGGUGGCCAGAGAAGCUGCCGGGCCACGACCCCGAAGCAGCCGCGCGCGCCGUCGAGGCGGCAGCGGAGGCCGCCCUGCGGCGGGCGGCACCGUGGCCGCGGGUGUCCGCCACGGCAGCGGGCCUCGUCGCGGUGGGGCUCGGCGGCGCGGCGCUGCUGGUGUGGUGGGCGCUGGCGUUCCACCCGGCGCACGCGCGGCUCUGGAUGGUGCCCGCGGGGCUCGUCCUCCUCGGCACCCCCGUCAUGGCCUGGCUCUCCCUCCUCGCCUCCGGCCCGUGCGGCCGCCAGCCCUCGCCGCCGCCCGGCGCUGGCGCGUAUGCAUCAGUUUAGCACUUUGGCUAGCUGCGCCUGCGCGCACUUUUUUGCGUACGAUCGAUGCUCAUGCUCAGUUGCUUUUCCUCGCCUGCUUGUACGUACGUCCUGUUUGAUCAGAGCACCCUGUAGUUUCAUUGCAGCUUC